GCCAUAAUGAUCCUGCUUUCACCGUCCUGGUCCAUCUUGGCGCAGUGGUGCGGCUCCUGACCGGGAGUGCUCAUGUGGAUCUGGGAGCAAUGGAGCGCUGCAAGCACGUGGUCCGUCUCCGUCUGGGACACGACCACUCGAUACUGAACCCUCAGAAAUGGCACUGUGUAGACUGCCACACCACGGAGUCCGUCUGGGCGUGUCUGAAAUGCUCGCACGUGGCCUGCGGCCGCUACAUGGAGGAGCAUUCGCUGCGGCACUACCAGGAGUCGCAGCAUCCGCUGGCGAUGGAGGUGCGAGAGCUGGACGUGUUUUGUUUCGCGUGCGGCGAUUACGUUCUGAACGACAACGCUGAAGGCGACCUGAAGCUCCUGCGGGGGGCGCUAUCGACCGUGCGGGACGCUGGCCGGCGCUCCAUGCGCUCCGCGUCUUUGCUGUCGCCUCUGGCGACCGGCGAGGGGGGCGUGCAGGCAGCGAUAAGGCACCGGCGACAGGCGCUGCUAGCCGGCGCUUUUCGACACUGGAGGAGGCGACAACAAGAGGAGCUGAGAAAGCGCCAGGAGAAACUGGAGGAGGAGAAGGAGGAGCUUCGGAGGCAACGUAGGGAGGCAAAGAAGAGGAUCACGGGUGAUGAGGCUAACACGCCGCCGAGGAAGAGCGCGCGGCUGCUGACGCAAGCGCCGCGGCCGCUGAUGGCGCUGAUUCCCAGAAAGUUCCGCGACCCGCCUGAAAAGGCGCCGCUCCCGAACAAGACUGUGUCAAAAAACCACCGCAAAGUGCCGCGCAAAAUAAAGCCGAGCGCGGCGGCGAGGCGGUCCACGUCGUCUCUGCUGUUGGCGCGGCGCAGGAGGUCGGCACCGGGCGUGACGGGUCUGCGGAACCUGGGCAACACGUGCUACAUGAACUCCAUCCUGCAGGUGCUGAGCCAUCUGCGUAAGUUCAGGGAGUGUUUCCUCGCGCUGGAUCUGUGCGAGACUGAGCAGCUACUGCUCACCAAGACACAAGGCAUGAUGGGAGGAGAGAAGCUGGUGCCACCUAAAGAACCUCGCUCUCCAUCCACGUCUGCCCUGUCAUCGUGUUCAUCCUCUGGCCAGCAGGUGUCUCUGUGUCAGGAGCUGCACACCCUGUUCCGGGUGAUGUGGUCGGGUCGCUGGACGCUCGUCUCCCCGUUCGCCAUGCUGCACUCCGUGUGGAACGUCAUCCCGGCGUUCCGAGGCUGCGACCAGCAGGACGCUCAGGAGUUCCUGUGCGAGCUGCUGGACAAAGUGCAGCAGGAGCUGGAGGCCGACGGCGGCUUCGGCCAGAAACACAAACACACCCGAACCCGCAUCGUCAUUCCCAUCACGCAGAGGAAACUCUCCAAGCAGGUUCUCAAGGUCCUCAACACCAUUUUCCACGGCCAGCUGCUCAGCCAGGUGACGUGUUUAUCGUGUAAGAACAAGUCGAACACGGUGGAGCCGUUUUGGGACCUGUCUCUGGAGUUUCCCGAACGUUACCACAGCGUGGCCAAACUCGGCGCCUCCUCUCAGAGCUGCACCCUCACCGAAAUGCUCAGCAAGUUCACCGAGACCGAGGCUCUGGAGGGGCGCAUUUACAACUGCAACUACUGCAACAGGAGGAGGCGGAAGUCCCCCCACAAGCUGCUGGCUCUUUCCGAGGCCUGUAAACAGCUGCUGAUUUAUCGUUUACCUCAGGUGCUGCGGCUUCACCUUAAACGCUUCCGCUGGUCGGGCAGGAACCACAGGGAGAAGAUCGGCGUGCACGUUGCAUUCGAUCAGGUUCUUAACAUAGAGCCAUACUGCUGUUCAGACGCGUCGCAGGUCUUCACCUACGACCUCUCUGCUGUAGUAAUGCAUCAUGGGAAAGGAUUCGGCUCAGGACACUACACCGCCUACUGCUACAACACUGAGGGGGGUUUUUGGGUUCACUGUAACGACUCUGAGAUGAACGUGUGUAGCGUGGAGGAGGUUUGCAGCACUCAGGCUUACAUCCUGUUCUACACACAGCGAUCAUCCUAGAGACUCUACAUGCACACGCGCGUGUGUGUGUGUGUGUUUGUUUAUAACGGACUGAACCACCCUGUAUGUGUGUAUGUGUGUGUGUGUAAUUAGAACAGGCCUUAUGACCCGUGUGUGUAGGACGUGCCUAUCAAGCAGCACACGUGUAGAUCGGGUCUGAUCGUUUCUCUACUGAGGUAUUUACAAAUACAGACCAGGUUCAUCACCCGGAGAGCUUUUCCACUGACACAGGGCCACAGCUGGAACACUUCCAGAUGUUUAGCAGACAAACCUCGAUUAGCUGGAUCCAGUGAUGUUCUGUUUUUAUUUGUUCAUGACUGAUGGUGGGUCAGUUGUUGCCUGAAUGUUCCUAAUGCUGAAUAAUCCCUCAGUGCUCAAUCCUGACCUUCUUUCUAUCGAGACCUGUUUAUAAGUACUGUAAUGAAGAUUUGUAAUAUGGAACUUUAUUUUCCUAAAACAAUUCUACAUUUUAUUUUUUUAAAUUCUGGUUUUGAUGGAUUUUGGGAUUACAAUCUAGAUUUGAGACGUUUAACAUUUAAGGUUAACCUUUAAAAGUGAGCAGUGGGCGUAUGGGUGGCACAGCGCUCUAUUACACUGCCACCACUGGCUGAUGGGUGAUUGAUGGUUUCUGCCAGUAUGAGCAGCAGAAAACUACUUUUUUUUAAGUGAUCAGUGCCUGUAACUGUAGUCGCUGGAUUUUACGUUGCGGUUCUGACCCCGUGUUGGUGGAAAAGCGCCGUCGGAUCAAACCGGUACGUUCGGGUCUUUCUCAAUCUCAGAGAUUUUUCUACACACUUAAAGUCGACCUGCUGACACGCGUUCAGAUAAGAGAGCGAUCGUUUCCUCUCAUCCAGGGCAUUCAGGACCCACGUCCUCACACCAGAGCUGCAGGAACACAUUCAUACACACAUCACUCACCUAUCGCUGGAAAAGACAGUUCUGUCUAUAUGAGCGGGUUGGACUGUUUCAAUCCUGUUUUACUGGACCACAGAGAAGAUAUCUGCUGGAGACCACAUGGAGGACAGAAGAUGCCAUCACCACUCUGCAAUCAGGAAUUCCUCAGCUUUGUAAUACGGUUCUCUUUUCUACUGUCGUUAGCACCUGCAUUACCCGACAAUUCAAAUAAAACAGGGAGUUGGGGUCAUUUCUAUUAGUAAUUACUGACCAGAACAAUCUGAUGACCAUGAAUGUCUUUUUUGUGAGGGUGUGUGUGUGUGUGAAAGACUGACUGCAGGGGUUGAAAGGUGACCCCUGACCCCAUGCUUUUAUUGUUCUGUACGGUGAGAGCACCAGUUAUCAAUUUUAUUGAUCAUCUGGGUUUGGCCUGAUAGCAAAUAAAGUAAUUACAACAGAA